AUGAACAAGGCGACGAUUCUGGAGCUGGCGAAGGGGUUCCGCGGGCGCGCGAAGAACUGCAUCCGCGCCGCGAAGCCGCGCGUGGAGAAGGCGCUGACGUACGCGUACCGCGACCGGCGCACGAAGAAGCGCGACAUGCGCGGGCUGGCCAUCGAACGCGUCAACGCGGGCGCGCGGCAAUACGGGGUGCGUGACAGUACGGGGAGUGUGACAGUACGGGGUGAGCUGCUGUUGAGUCAGGCGGCGAUACAGGCGCUCUCUCAUUCUCCCGUUUUCCAUCACCCUGCCCCAUUCUCCCGCUUUCGUUCAUCCCGCCCCAUUCUCCCUCCUUCCAUCACCCCGCCCCAUUCUCCCGCUUUUCAUCACCCCGCCCCAUUCUCCCGCUUUUCAUCACCCCGCCCCAUUCUCCUGCUUUCCAUCACCCCGCCCGAUUCUCCCGGUUUCCAUCACCCUGCCCCAUUCUCCCUCUUUCCAUCAUCCUGCCCCAUUCUCCCUCCUUCCAUCACCCCGCCCCAUUCUACCGCUUUCCAUCACCCCAUCCCAUUAUCCCGUUUUCCAUCACCCCGCCCCAUUCUCCCGCUUUCCAUCACCCCGCCCCAUUCUCCGACUUUCCAUCACCCCGCCCCAUUCUCCCGCUUUCCUUCACCCCGCCCCAUUUUCCUGUUUUCCAUCACCCCGCCCCAUUCUCCCGUUUUCUAUCACCCCGCCCCAUUCUCCUUCCUUCCAUUACCCCGCCCCAUUCUCCCUCCUUCCAUCACCCCGCCCCAUUCUCCCGCUUUCCAUCACCCCGCCCCAUUCACCCGGUUUCCAUCACCCCGCCCCAUUCUCCCGCUUUCCUUCACCCCGCCCCAUUUUCCCGUUUUCCAUCACCCCGCGCCAUUCUCCCGUUUUCUAUCACCCCGCCCCAUUCUCCCUCCUUCCAUUACCCCGCCCCAUUCUCCCUCCUUCCAUCACCCCGCCCCAUUCUCCCGCUUUCCAUCACCCCGCCCCAUUCACCCGGUUUCCAUCACCCCGCCCCAUUCUCCCGCUUUUUAUGACCGGCCCCAUUCUCCCGCUUUCCAUCACCCCGCAACAUUCUCCCGCUUUCCAUCACCCCGCCCCAAUCUCCCGCUUUCCAUCACACUGCCCCAUUCUCUCGCUUUCCAUCACCCUGCCCCGUUCUCCCGCUUUCCAUCACCCCGCCCCAUUCUCUCGCUUUCCAUCAUCCCGCCCCAUUCUCCCGCUUUCCAUCACCCCGCCCCAUUCUCCCUCCUUCCAUCACCCCGCCCCAUUCUCCCUCCUUCCAUCACCCCGCCUCAUUCUCCCGCUUUCCAUCACCCCGCCCCAUUCUCCCGCUUUCCAUCACCUUGCCCCAUUCUCCCGUUUUCAAUCAUCCCGUCCCAUUCUCCCGCUUUCCAUCAUCCCGCCCCAUUUUCCCUCUUUCCUUCACCCCGUCCCAUUCUCCUGUUUUCCAUCACCGCGCUUCAUUCUCCCAUUUUCCAUCACCCCGCCCCGUUCCCCCGCUAUCCAUCACCCCGCCCCAUUCUCCCGCUUUCCAUCAUUCCGCCCCAUUCUCCCGCUUUCCAUCACCCCGCCCCAUUCUUCCUCCUUACAUCGCCCCGCCCCAUUCUCCCGCUUUCCAUCACCUCGCCCCAUUCUCCCGCUUUCCAUCAUCCCGCCCCAUUCUCCCGUUUUCCAUCACCCCGCCCCAUUCUCCCGCUUUCCAUCAACCCGCCCCAUUCUCCCGCUUUCCAUCACCCCGCCCCAUUCUCCCGGUUUCCAUUACCCCGCCCCAUUCUCCCGUUUUCCAUCACCCUGCCCCAUUCUCCCGUUUUCCGUCACACCGCCCCAUUCUCCGACUUUCCAUCACCCCGCUCUUUUCUCCGUCUUUCCAUCACCCCGCUCUUUUCUCCGUCUUUCCAUCACCCCGCCCCAUUCUCCCGCUUUCCAUCACCCCGCCCCAUUCUCCCUCCUUCCAUCACCCCGCCCCAUUCUCCCGCUUUCCAUCACCCCGCCCCAUUCUUUUGCUUUCAUCACAAUGCCCCAUUCUCCCGUUUUUCAUCACCCCGCCCCAUUCUCCCGCUUUCCAUCACCCAGCCCCAUUCUCCCUCCUUCCAUCACCCCGCCCCAUUCUCCCGCUUUUCAUCACCGGCCCCAUUCUCCCGCUUUCCAUCACCCCGAACCAUUCUUGACAAAACUUGA